AUGUUUAGAUCUCUCUGCAAAAGCUUAGAGUUAGGCAGUUCUAAUAGAGUUAAUUUAUCAGUUCAUAAGGAAUCAUCCUAUUGUCUUGAAAACCCUUCAAUAUUAUCAUGUCUCAGAAACAUUUCAUCAGUGAAUACAGAUGAUAUAAAAGAACAUUCCUUUACAGUCUCAUACCUUGUGAACAAAUGUGGGUUCUCUCUGAAAUCUGCUUUAGAAGCUUCUAAACAUGUUGAUUUUGAAUCCCCAGACAAACCUGAUUCUGUUCUUGAAGUUUUCAGGAACCAUAACUUCUCAAAAGACCAUAUUUUGAACCUAGUGAGGAGACAUCCUGCAGUGCUUUUGUCUAAACCUCACAAAACACUUCUGCCCAAGCUUGAAUUUUUCCAAUCUAAAGGUUUUUCAAGCCCCGAUGUCAUCAAAAUCAUGUCAUCCAACCCAUGGAUUUUUAGAUAUAGCUUAGAGAAGCAUUUAGUCCCUGCUUUUGAUUUCUUUGAAAACUUGCUUCAAUCUGAUGCGGUCGCCAUCAAAGCAAUCAAACGUGCUCCUUAUAUUCUAAAUCAUAAUGUUGAAAGCAUGGCACGUAUUGUUGAUGUUUUACGAGACAAUGGAGUCCCUAAAAAGAAUAUUGCUCUGCUAGUUCGUUCCAAGCCUUCUAUUAUGAUUUCAAAUCUGGAGGAUUUUAAAAAGCUUAUACAGGAAGUGACUCUAAUGGGAUUUCAUCGUUCCAAGAGUCAGUUUGUCGUAGCAAUUAUUGCUCUGAGGUCCAUGAGCAAAUCCACAUGGGACAAAAAGCUUGAUGUGCAUAGGAGAUGGGGUUUGUCUCAAGAAGAAAUUCUUGCAGCAUUUGUAAGGUAUCCAUGCUUUAUGGAAGUAUCCGAAGAGAAGACCAUGCGAGUGAUGGAUCUUUUUGUCAACAAAUUGGGUUGGGAGUCUUCCUAUCUUGUAAAAAAUCCAAGUAUUUCAUCAUAUAGCUUGGAGAAAAGGCUUCUCCCAAGAGCUUUGGUCUUACAAUUUUUAGUUUCUAAAGGCAUGGUUGAGAAGAGUUUCAGAAGCCUUGCGUUCUUCAUUACUCCCGAAAUUAAGUUUAAGCAGAGGUUCAUAGAUAACCAUGCUGAAUCUACCCAGAUAUUGAAAUUUUACAAGGAAAAACUGGAUCUUUCAUCCAUUGUAAACUCCUCCUCAUUUUAA